GAUAAAUUAACCGGCCAUGCGAACACUCCCGAGCCAACAGUCGACCCACUAUCCGCUAUCACCUAUUGUUUUGUUGCACUGAAACUAGUUGCCCAAGUGCAGUAGACUUGUAGUACCAAGGUCGCUGCCGAAGCUAGGGCCGACCGCCGACGUAACAGGCACCAUCUUGAACACAACGCCCGCCGCUUGAACACACCAUACAACCCCCGAAGUCUUGCCCUUUCGCUCACUAUGAACAUCGUGGAAUGGGCCUUUGGCAAGCGCAUGACGCCCGCCGAGCGUCUGCGCAAGCACCAGCGCGCCCUCGAGAAGACGCAACGAGAGCUCGACCGCGAACGCGUGAAGCUCGAGAACCAAUCGAAGAAGCUGGAAAAUGAUAUCAAGAAGAGUGCAAAGGCCGGACAAAUGAAUGUAGUCAAGAUACAGGCGAAGGACCUUGUGCGGACCAGGAGAUACAUUCAGAAGUUCUACCAGAUGCGCACCCAGCUUCAGGCCAUAUCCUUGCGGAUACAGACGGUCCGCAGCAACGAGCAAAUGAUGCAGUCGAUGAAGGGAGCCACAAAAAUACUCGGAACUAUGAACCGGCAGAUGAACCUCCCAGCACUACAGCGCAUCGCCAUGGAGUUUGAGAAAGAGAAUGACAUGAUGGAUCAGCGGCAAGAAAUGAUGGACGAUGCCGUCGACGAUGCCAUGGGCGUAGAGGAUGAGGAGGAGAGUGAGGAUGUGGUCAACCAGGUCAUGGACGAGCUGGGCAUCGAUCUCGGCCAGGCUCUUGGAGAGACUCCGAACGACAUCCAGAAGUCUGCAGUAGCGGACAAACGCGUAGCACAGGCUGUCGGUGGUGGAGCGGAUCCCGGUGAUGAUGACCUGCAAGCUCGGCUGGACAGCUUGAGACGGUGA